GUGCCGGCCCGGCAUGGCUUCCCGGGAGCGCCUCUGCGAGCUCUGGAUGCUUUACUUCGCCAAGAAGGACGUGUCGUACCUGCAGCAGUGGCUGGAGAACUUCGUUAUGAGCUUCGAGAGGGUCAUCGCUCUGCCCUCGCUGGAGCCCCGCAGGAACCCGGAGAACAUCCAGGCGGACAAAACGCCGGGAUUCCUGGCGGAGGUGCUGAGGCUGCUGCGGGUCUGCGGGGACAAGCUGCGGGAUGUUCCCGAGGACGAUCGGGCGCGGGGGCAGCUGGAGAGCGGGAUCCUCCACGCGCUGCUCCUCUGCGAGGGCUUCUUCGACCCGCACCAGACCUGGCGGCGGCAGCUCCGCGGGGAAUUCAUCAGCUCCAAGGAGAAGAGUAAAUACAAGUUUCCCAACGCUCUCCGGGCCGUCACCCCGGGGACCGUGGAGGUGCUGCUGGGGGUGCUGCAGCGGGGCAGGAAUGGGAAUUCCCCCGGAAUGCUGGAGGCCACGCUGCGCUCCCUGGUGUCCGUGGUCCACGUCCUGCACGGCUCCAGCCCCGGCUCCGGCCCCGUGUCCCUGCGGCUCCUCCUGGACGGAUAUUUCAGGGUCCUCAACUCCCACCUCCCCGCGGCGCCGGAGGCAGCCGGGGACCUCCUGGGCCUGAGGGUGCUCAUGCUGGACGCCAUCCCGGCCAUGCUGAGCUGCGAGGACCGGCCGGUGCUCCAGGCCACCUUCCUGAGCAACAACUGCUUCGAGCACAUCAUCCGCCUGCUCCAGAACAGCACGCUCUACCUCGGCAGCUCGCGGGAGGCGGGUGAAGCCCGGGACGAGGUUCCCACACGGAGCAGGGAUGGCCUGCAGCAGGGCGGUGCCGGCGGCUCCGAUGCCAUCGCGGUCCAUGCCCUCGGUGUCCUCACAGCCAUCAUGAGCAACUCACCCUCAGCCAAGGAGGUGUUCAAGGAGCGCAUCGGCUACACCCACCUCUACGAGGUGCUGAGGAGCCAAGGGCAGCCCACCCAGCGCCUGCUCCAGGAGCUCCUCAACAUGUUCUCUCCACCCACCCGGGUUCCUGUCAGCCUCAUCCCAAGGGGUCCCGGGGUCAUCUUUAGCUUCUUCACGGCCGGGGGGACGGGCUUCGAGGCGUUCUUCACCGCCGGCGGCGUGCUGGUGGUGGCCGUCUGCACCAAGAAGGACUACAUGACCGUGGCUUUGCCGGAGUUUGCCUUCAACGACUCGGCUUGGCACUGCGUGGACAUCGUGCACGUCGCCGGGCGCCGGCCCUUCGGCCAGAACAUCGUCAGCGUCUACGCCGACGGGCACCUGCGGAAGACGGCGCAGCUCCGCUUCCCCUCCCUCCACGAGUCCUUCACCUCCUGCUGCAUCGGCUCCGCGGGUCACCGGACCACCACCACGGCUGCCACCGCCACCGGGCACCCGCCGGCGUCCCACGGCCCGGAGCUGGUCUUCCCCUCACACCCCGUGCUGGGACGGUCCCAGUCUGUCCCCGCCACCCUCGGCCCCCACUCUUGGACCCCCACUCAGCUGCCCACGGAGGGGGUGGUGGCCACCACGGCGGCCGGGAGCCAGGACAUGGAGUGGGGCAGCCCCACCUCCCUGGAGGGUCACCUGGGCUCCGUGGCCAUCUUCUGUGAGGCUCUGCAGCAGGCCCAGGUCAAGGCUCUGUUCUGUGCAGGCCCAAAUGUCAUGUCACCAUUUACGCUGGAAGGGGACCUGGUGGAGCUGAGCAGCAAACUCCUGCUGUACUACACCCCCCAGGCCUGCAGGAACAACAUCUGCCUGGACCUCUCUCCCAGCCAUGGCCUGGACGGGAGGCUGACGGGGCACAAGGUGGUCAACUGGGACGUCAAGGACGUGGUCAACUGCGUGGGUGGGAUGGGUGUGCUCCUGCCCCUGCUCGAGCAAGUGGUGUCCAAGAAGGAGGAGCCCGAGGAUGAGGAGGAGACCAACGACCUGGUGGGGCCAGAGCUGACGUCCUCCAGGAACGCCCAGGGCAUGCUCAUCCCACUGGGAAAGUCCUCAGAGAACAGGCUGGAGAGGAACAGCGUGGCCGCCUUCCUGCUGCUGGUGAAGAACUUCAUCCGGCACCACCCCGUGAACCAGGAGAGCCUGGUGCAGUGCCACGGGCCGGCCAUCAUCGGGGCGCUGCUGCAGAAGGUCUCCGGCGCUCUGCUGGACAUGAGCACGCUGGUGGCCUCGCAGAUCCUCAUGGAGCAGGUGGCCUCCGAGGGCAGUGGGCUCCUGCUGCACCUCCUGUACCAGCACCUCCUCUUCGACUUCCGCAUCUGGAGCAACAGCGACUUCGCCGUGCGCUUAGGCCACAUCCAGUACCUGGCCAACGUGGUCAAGGACCACAAGCAGCGCAUCCGUAAGAAGUACGGGGUGCAGUAUGUCCUCGACUCCAUCCGGACCUACUACGGCACCUCCAGGGAGAAGACCACGGCCACUGAUGACAUCAAGACAGUCCAGACGUCCCUCUUCAGCCUGGUGAAGGAUUUCUUCUGCCGGAGCUUCUCCGGGGAGGAGAUGCAGAGCUUGCUGAGCUACCUGGCUGGGGCCCAGGACGAGCAGCAGGUGUGUGGGGCGCUGGAGGUGAUCCACAGCCUGCUGAAGGGCUCACCUGCCCAGGAGCAGCUCUUCGCCUUCCUCUUCGAGCCGGGCCAGGUGGAGGUUCUCUUCUCACUGCUGGUGCAGAAGAAGUUCUCGGAUGAAGUGCGGGAGAGGGUCUUCAAGAUCCUCUACAAGAUGCUGAAGUACGAGAAGGUCCCUGAGCGCAGCAAGAACCGCCUGAAGCUGAAGGACAUCGGGUACCACGGGCUCAUCUCCUACCUCAGUGAUGUCCCCAGCUCCAUGCUGCUCUUCCGCUGCCUCUCCGAGCAGGUCCUCGGGGCAGACCCUCCCAACUACAAGGACCUGGUGGCCGUGGUUUACCUGUCCCACCGGGCCGAGCUGACCGUCCGGCUCGACCUCUGCCGCAAGCUCUUCCACCUGAUCUACGCCCAGCAGGACCUGGUGAGGCAGCUGGCCAGGCUGGCUGGCUGGCAGGACACCCUCACCAAGCUCUACGUCCGGGAGUCCUACGAGUCCCGCCAGCACAGCCUGAGCACCAGCGGGGGCUUCCCGGAGCUGCUCCGCCUCUCCGACCCCCCCGGCAAGGAGGGCACGAGCCCGCCGCCGGCCGAGCUCCAGGAGCUUGACGUCUUCCUCCCGCUGGGAUACGAGGCCUCGGACCAGGAGCUCUCCGAGGGCUUCUCCGACCACUCCAUCUCCCCGAGCGGCCGCACCAAGUCCUUCCACUCCUACAACUUCAAGUCUUUCGACUCCUCCGACCGGGCCAGUCGCUCGUCCUCCAACCCCGGCGACGGUCCCCCCUUCGACGGCGUCUACCACCCGCUGUCGCCCUUCUCCACCUCCCCCUUCGACCUGGGGCUCGACCUGGCCAGCACCAGCUCUGUGGCCACGGCCGAGAGCGGUGCCCAGACCCCCGGCAGCGGCCCUGGCACCCCGUCCCCCCUGGAGAGCUUCAAGCCCUUCCCGGGAAUGCGGGCGCGCAAGAGCUCCAGCCUGUCUAACGUCCUGGAUGAGAGCAGCUACCAGGACGUGCUGCCCAGCGACAACGUCUCCAACACCAGCAACCCCCAGCAAACCCCCGAGGAGGAGCUGUGCAACCUCCUGACCAACAUCAUCUUCUCGGUGACGUGGCGCGGGGUGGAGGGCUGGGACGACACGGCCUGGCGGGAGCGGGGCCAGGUCUUCUCGGUGCUCACCAAGCUGGGCUCGGCCUGCGAGCUGGUGCGGCCCCCGGACGAGAUCAAGCGCAGCCUCCUGGAGAUGAUGCUGGAGUCGGCGCUGACCGACCUGAAGGAGUCGGGGCCGGGGGCCCUGCCCGGCCUCACCCACAACGCCCUCAAGCUGCUCCGGCUGCUCCAGGACUUCCUGUUCUCCGAGGGGCACAACAACCAGGCCCUGUGGAGCGAGAAGGUGGGUGGGAACGAGUGGGGGUUCCUGCUCCCAAACCUGAGCUCUGGACCCUACUGCCUGCACUCCCUGGCCUACGUGAAGCUGCACAGCCUCCUGCAGACGUCCUCAGCUCCCAGGAAGGACGAGGCCUGUUACCUCCUGGGGAAGCUGGAGACCCCCCUCCGGCGCUCGCUGGAGGCCAAGUCGGAGACGUUCUCCUGGCUGGUGCCCAUCAUCCGGACCCUCAUGGACCAGUGCUACGAGACCCUGCAGCUGCAGCUCUUCCUGCCCUCCCUGCCCCCCACCAACGGCAGCCCCACCUUCUACGAGGACUUCCAGCUCUUCUGCACCACCCCGGAGUGGAGGGGCUUCAUCGAGAAGCACGUGCAGCCCACCAUGGCCCAGUUUGAGAUGGACACCUUUGCCAGGAGCCACGACCACAUGUCCAACUUCUGGAACGCCUGUUACGAUGCCAUGAUGAGCAGCGCCCAGCGGCGGGAGCAGGAGAAGGCGGCCAGCCGCAAGAUGUUCCAGGAGCUGGUGCUGGAGCCGGUGGCCAAGCGCUCCAAGGCGGAGAACGCCCGGCACAGCAACAUCCUCAAGCAGGCCAACAACCACCAGAGCACGGUGCUGAAGCAGUGGAGGUCCCUGUGCCGCCUGCUCACCUCGCCCCGCUCCGCCUGGGCUGACCGGAACCCGCCGGAGGUUCGCUGGAAGCUGUCGAGCGCCGAGACCUACUCGAGGAUGAGGCUGAAGCUGGUGCCCAACCUCAAUUUCGACCAGCACUUGGAGGCCAGCGCCCUGCGGGACAACCUGGGAGCCGACCACCUCCAGACCCCCGCCGAGCCCCUCCCGCUCGCCAUGGCCAAGGAGGCCAAGGUGAGCGAGCUGGAGGAUGACCAGCUGGCUGAGGAGGACCUGCCCGUGCUGGACACCCAGGCUGAGCCCAAGGAGCAGAGCCAGCGGGAGAAGCUGGUGGUGUCGGAGGACUGCGAGCUCAUCACCACGGUGGCCGUGGUGCCCGGGCGCCUGGAGGUGACAACCCAGCACGUCUACUUCUACGACGGCAGCAGCGACAAGGAGGAGACGGAGGGAGGGAUCGGCUACGACUUCAAGCGCCCGCUGUCCCACCUGCGCGAGGUCCACCUGCGCCGCUACAACCUGCGCCGCUCCGCCCUCGAGCUCUUCUUCAUCGACCAGGCCAACUACUUCCUCAACUUCAGAAAGAAGGUGAGGAACAAGGUGUACUCCUGCAUCCUCGGCCUGCGGCCCCCCAACCAGAUCUACUUCGGCAGCCGCUCGCCCCAGGAGCUGCUCAAAGCCUCGGGGCUCACACAGAAAUGGGUCCUGCGGGAGAUCUCCAACUUUGAGUACCUCAUGCAGCUGAACACGAUCGCGGGGCGCACCUACAACGACCUGUCCCAGUACCCCGUGUUCCCCUGGAUCCUGCGGGAUUACGUCUCGGAGACCCUGGACCUCUCCAACCCCGCCGUGUUCCGGGACCUGUCCAAGCCCAUCGGGGUGGCCAACGAGCGGCACGCCCGGGACGUGAAGGAGAAGUAUGAGAGCUUUGAGGACCCCACGGGCACCGUGGACAAGUUCCACUAUGGCACCCACUACUCCAACGCGGCCGGAGUGAUGCACUACCUGAUCCGCACCGAGCCCUUCACCACCCUCCACAUCCAGCUGCAGAGCGGCAGGUUUGACUGCUCAGACCGGCAGUUCCACUCGGUGCCGGCGGCGUGGCAGGCGCGCAUGGAGAACCCCGUGGAUGUCAAGGAGCUCAUCCCCGAGUUCUUCUACUUCCCGGAGUUCCUGGAGAACCAGAACGGCUUCGACCUGGGCUGUCUCCAGCUCUCCAACGAGAAGGUGGGCGACGUGGUGCUGCCGCGGUGGGCGCGGUCCCGCGAGGACUUCAUCCACCAGCACCGCAAAGCCCUGGAGUCGGAGUAUGUCUCCGCCCACCUCCACGAGUGGAUCGACCUCAUCUUUGGGUACAAGCAGCGAGGCCCGGCCGCCGUGGAGGCCCUCAACGUCUUCUACUACUGCACCUACGAGGGGGCCGUGGACCUGGACGCCAUCGCCGACGAGACGCAGCGGAAGGCCCUGGAGGGCAUCAUCAGCAACUUCGGGCAGACGCCCUGCCAGCUGCUCAAGGAGCCCCACCCCGCCCGGCUGUCGGCAGAGAGCGCUGCCCAGAGGCUGGCCCGCCUCGACACCCGCUCCCCCAACGUCUUUGAGCACCUGGACCAGCUCAAAUCCUUCUUUGUGGAGGGCAUCAGUGACGGGGUGGCCCUGGUGCAGGCCGUGGUCCCCAAGAACCAGGCGCAUUCCUUCAUCACUCAGGGAUCCCCCGACGUCCUGGUCACCGUGAGCGCCAACGGCUUGAUGGGGACCCACAACUGGCUGCCCUACGACAAGAACAUCUCCAACUACUUCAGCUUCACCAAAGACCCCACCGUGUCCAACGCCAAGACGCAGCGGUUCCUGCAGGGCCCCUUCGCCCCCGGCGCGGAUCUGAGCUCCCGCACGCUGGCCGUGUCUCCCGACGGGAAGCUGCUCUUCAGCGGGGGGCACUGGGACAACAGCCUAAGGGUCACCUCGCUGGCCAAGGGCAAGGUGGUGGGGCACAUCACCCGCCACAUAGAUGUUGUCACCUGCCUGGCUCUCGACCUCUGCGGCAUCUACCUCAUCUCUGGAUCCCGGGACACCACCUGCAUGGUGUGGCAGGUCCUGCAGCAGGGGGGGUUUUCCAGCGGCUUGGCUCCCAAACCUGUGCAGGUCCUGUACGGCCACGACGCCGAGGUGACGUGCGUGGCCAUCAGCACCGAGCUGGACAUGGCGGUGUCGGGCUCCAAGGACGGCACCAUCAUCACUCACACCGUGCGCCGGGGGCUCUUCAUCCGCUCGCUGCGGCCGCCGGGCGAGAGCUGCGUCCCCGCCGUGCUGUCCCAGCUGGCCGUGGGCCCCGAGGGGCAGGUGGUGGCCCAGAGCACCGCGGGCCAGCGGCCCUGCCUGAAGGACGGGUUCGCGCUCCACCUGUACUCCGUGAACGGGAAGCUCCUGGCGUCCGUGCCCCUGGAGCAGGAGGUGACGGCCAUGUGCCUCACCGAGGAAUUCGUGGUGCUGGGGACCGCCCAGUGCGGGCUGGAGAUCCGGGAGCUCCAGAGCCUCAGGCCGGCCGUGCCCCCCGUGCCCAUGAGGGUGCCCGUGCACAGCGUGUCCGUCACCAAGGAGAAGAGUCACAUCCUGGUGGGGCUGGAGGAUGGAAAACUCAUCGUGGUGGGCGCUGGGCAGCCCGCUGAGGUGCGUCCGGGCCAGUUCCACCGGCGGCUGUGGCGUUCCACGCGGCGCAUCUCCCAGGUGUCGGCUGGAGAGACGGAAUACAACCCCUCCGAGGGCCGGGCCUAGGCUGGGAUUAACCUCUCUGGGAACCAGGCCUAGGCUGGGAUUAAACCCCUCCAAGGGCCGGGCCUAGGCUGGGAUUAACCUCUCUGGGAACCAGGCCUAGGCUGGGAUUAAACCCCUCCAAGGGCCGGACCUAGGCUGGGAUUAACCCCUCUGGGAACCGGGCCUAGAGUGGGAUAAACCCCUCCAAGGGCCGAGCCUAGAAUGGGAUAAACCCCCCCAAGGGGCCCCAUGCCCCCAGCACAGAGAGGGGGCACCCCUUGGACCAAGGGGGUGUCGAGGGGCUGAGGGGGGUCCCCUGGGCCCGAGGGGGUCCAGACCCCCCCACUCCGCCCGCCAUCCGUGGCCUUAUCCCUCCCCGGUGGGGUAUCCAGCCCCCCCAGUUUUUUGGGAAUGUAUCCCUCCCUUCCCAGGCAGGGUCAGGGGGGGCAGGAGGAGGUGGGGACCCCUCUCUGGGCAGGGGGUGCCGUGGCCCCCCCGCCGUGCCCGCUGGCCAGGAGCCGCUCAGAGUGCGCGCGUGUGUCCCUCCCACCCCCCCUUAUUUUUUAUUUCUAUGCGUUUUUAGAUCUUUUACAGACAAAGAUUAUUAUUAAUAUUGAUAAUUAUAAUAAUAUAUCUGUGGGAAGUCGG